AUGACAACAAACGAAAAGGCAAAGAGAGAACGGGCAAAAAUGAAAAUGUCAUCUGAUUCACAAAAACAAAUACACAAGGUUGUAUCAAUUAAACAAGAAAUAAAAAAUGAUGUUGAAAUAAUUCCAACAACAGAAUUUAAAGAAUUAAUUCCAUCAAAUGAUAUAGAUAUUGAUAAAGAAAUCCCUACUGUUAUAAAUGUUUUGAAACCUUCUUCAGAAAAAUUAUCAAUUAUGGAUUCUAUGAAUAACCUUAAGUUAAUGAUUAGUCAAAUGAAAUUAGAAAUGAAAGAUGAAUUUGAAGAAGGAAGUAAUGAUGAUGACUUUGACUCAUUUGAAUAA